AUGGGCCACUCCGGAUUAAAAGUACCUAGCGUGCCUGGAGCUAUCUUACCUAGGUACCUAGGGACUCGUAGGGCCUCAGAACGGGCCGGUGGCGGCAGCUACGCGGCCAAGUUGGACAGCUCUCUGUCCACCUGCGAGGGACAGUGCCGAGAGAGUGCAAUACUAAUUCUCUCUCGACACUUGUACAUUUCACAUCUCUACCAUCCUUCGGCUGAUGAGAGUGGCGAGAUCAAAGCUACUGGCUUCAACGAUCAGUGCGACACCGUAAUGAGCUCCUGCAAACAGUCUCCCUCUGCGCAGAAGUGA